AUGGUGCAUUGGCCAGGUCGGUCGGUCAGUAUGGGAACUUCGAGUGCAAAUGACAUGGACGUGGUCGUGGACGUGGACGUGGACGUGGACAUGGACAUGGACAUGGACGUGGACAUGGACGUGGACGUGGACAUGGAUGUGGACGUGGACAUGGACGUGGACAUGGACGUAGACGUGGAAAUGGACGUGGACGUGGACGUAGACGUGGAUGUGGACGUGGACGUGAACGUAGACGUGGACGUGGACAAGGACGUGGACAUGGACGUGGACGUGGACGUGGACGUGGACAUGGACGUGGAGGUGGACGUGACGUGGACGUGGACGUGGACGUGGACGUGGACGUGA